AUGUCGAGGCGGCAAGGAACCUGUUAUUUGGUUGAUGCUGGUUACACAAAUGAAGAAGGUUUUCUUGCCCCAUAUAGAGGUCAAAGGUAUCAUCUUAAAGAGUGGAAGGAGGGUUAUCAACCUACUACUCCGGAAGAAAAUUGUAGUUUUUAUGGCAUUGAAACACAUGCUGAUAUUAUAAGCGCUUGUUGUCUUCUCCAUAACCUCAUUCGUAGAGAAAUGCGCUUUGAUCCACUUGAGCUGUUAUUAGAUACCGAAUUCGGAAGACAAUUCAUGGAUGACGGUGAUGACGAUUAUUUCAAUGUCCUUGAGACUUCUAAUGCGUGGACUAUUUAG